UUCACAUUUAGGCAAAGAAGCCACACGAUCUCCUUACUACAAGAAACUUUGAACAUCAGUCAAAACGGCGUCCUAUCUGGGAAACAUGGCACAGGAUAUGAAGAAUGCGUUGAAGGGACAGGGAGGUGGUCUGCAGGGAGCUUCUACUGCGGUGGGAGAUAUGAUGACUGAGCAGACACAGUCGAGUGGACAGAAGAAGGCGCAGGCUGCGAGUGAUUCGUUGAAUGAAAUGGGUUCAGGCGGCAAGCGCUCUGGAGACACUGUUGGCGGAACAUCUGUCAAGGCUCAGGACCAGAUCGCGAAUCAGCAGUCUGGCUCUGCGGACCAUCUGGGCAUGAACUUCAAGAAGUGAGAGUUCUUUGCCCUCACGAUUGUUAUGACAAAUUGUGCAACAUAGCUUCUGUGGCAGUAU